AGAGAAGGCAGAACAAAUUUAGUAUCAAACGGAAACGGAUAUCAGUAUUGAAAAAGUAUUUAAAAAAAGUUUGGCACAAAGCACAAGCUUAAAGUCAAAAAACUUGCGAUCACGACGACCAUUUUAUAAUUGUGUUGACUGAUUUUCGGCUCUAGCCCAGCCGAAGCUUCAACGUCCAAUUCAGUUAACGCGAAGCAAUUCCAGGUUGAAGUCAUAGUCAGUGGAAAAAUCUAAAAUACAUUACUUACGGCGGCGAAUCGCCAAUUUGCCUCUGCUUCGAUAGUGAAGUGAAAUUAAAGAAGCAUAAAUAUGGAAUAUUGCCAAUCGUGAAAGAAGAAAGAAAAAAUAUUCCAUUUAAUAACUUUGCCGUGAAAUUUCAAGCAAUGUAAAUAACAACGCCCCAAUCCGCAGUGUUGUUUAAUAGGUGGGUGAUAGCAAGAGCUAGAUUUUAAUAUAUGUAUAUGAUACAUACACAAGUGCGCAAACAUAUUAGUCUUCAUGAGUUUGAAUGAGUGCUUUAAUCUAUAUAUACGAGUACAUAUACGUAUGUACAUAUGUGUGUUCAAGCUAAGCUUAAAUAUGUGAGUAUGCAAGCAUGCCAACGAAAACGCGAAACAAAACGAAACAUACAAAGUCGUGAAAUAAAGCAAGAGUUGAAAUAGCGAGUGAGAAAAUAAACAAUUUCCAAGAGUCGGUUGGAUAUAAAUACAUAUGUAUGUACAUACAUAUAUGCAUAGUUUAUGUGCGUGUUAGUGAAUUUUUCUGUAAAAAGUCAUAAUGUAAUACUAACGAAGAUGAAUGCAAUGUAGGGAACUAAACAACCGUCUAUUUAAACAAGUAUGUGAAAAUCAACAUUACACAGAGUGCAUAAAAAUAUUAGUACAAAGCCUGCAGUAAAGACACAUAUGUGCAUACAUACAUUUGCAAAUCUAUCCGAAGAUUUUUGCAACUCCAAAUGUGCAAAAAUGCGAAAAUGGUACUUUAAAUAAGCUGCCACUAACAAAUUUUAGAAAAAUUGUUUCGCCUCUUUUUACUCUCUACUGUUUGUAUGCACCAUUAAAGUGCUAAGUGCGCGAAAGUUUUGGUUUCAGAAAAAAAUUUCUGUUGUUCCGGCAGCUUUUUAAAUUUAAACAGGCACAUACUUUUUAAAUGUUUUCGAACGUUCCAAUGACUCAAAAACGUUCACUGUAUUACCAUCAAUUAGUGAAAGGUCUUUUACGGGACUUAAAUUAUAACGGCUUUUGCACUUACCCAUGCCUCUCGCUAGUAAAGUGUGAAGGAGUUAAAGUCGUAGAAGUUUAAUCAAUCGAACGACAUACACAAAUCAACCAGAGAGUGCAGAACAUAUAACGUAAAUAAAGCUCAUAGCAAUAUAAGCAGAAGUCCCGAGUAAUAUUCGCACCACUAAUACCUGGUGAUGAUGAAAAGCCAAUGGCGAGGGUACGCAGUUGAGCUGUUAGUGGUGGUGCUUUUAUUGAUGGUAUUCCGCAGUAGCAAUGGCAGAAACUUAGCAAUUUCACAGCAAUACAACGGUAGCAAUAGUAGUGUGGUGGAUGCUGAAUAUGAUAGUUCGAAACGAAAACCGCAAGCUGAGAAAAUUGUCGGUGCUACAAAUGUUGCAAACGACAGCAGUACGCAACAAGGGCUGAAGCAGCGUGAUACCAAAGAGAAAUCAGCAGUAAAUUUAAAGGUCGAAAAUGAAGAAAAAGUUGCAGAAUCGGGAUUUGCAUCGACAUUGCAAAUGGAAGCUGCGACGUUUCUUUCUUCCACUAUUUCUCCGCCAAUAACACCAACAACAUCUCCUAACUUCUUGUUAAUAUUAGAUCCAUUAACUUUAGCAGAGACGACACCAUCGCGAAUUUCUGUCGACUUAGAAAGUAACGAUAAUGUCUCAGAAGGAUUUUCGAGCAUUGACGUAGAUGCGGCAGAUCUUCUAAGCAUUACUCCAACAACUUACCGGCCUGCUCGACCUUCCGUCACACCAAACAGUUCCGCUAAGGAAAGAGAACGUAAGCUUAUGAACGUUUUGGCAGCGCGACGCAAUGCAUUGCAUCGGGGUAGUUUUCGUACCCGUGUAGGAACUACAGGGCGAACUGCUACUGUAGCAUCGCUGGAGACUACCUCUAAGACUCCCACAGAUCCACGUUCGAUUUGUAUACGAAAUUGCACAAAGAAUUUUACGCGCCGUACAACGGCGAGUUGCAUGCGACAGUGCUCAAACUUUUCGCGCACUUCCUGGCCAGUUAUUAACUCAACUGCUACAGGCAGCAUGAUAAUUGUUCGUUCAGCAUCCCGAAACAGCUUGGGCGCACAGGCUUUAGAUAGGGAUAACAACGAAAUUCUUUUCACGGAUGAAUCGUCGCAUGGUUUAUUUGUCGUGGCAAAGGAUCAAAAUGACACCUCAAACCAUAUAUCAGAUGCAACAAAAAGAGCGAAGUUUCGUCCUAGGAAUAAACUUUUAUCAUCGAUAACAGUAUCUCCCAGCUCCAUUGAGGAAGAUGAUAUUCAACCCUAUUUAUACUUUGGCCAAAAAUUACCACCUAUUAGGCCAGCUAGUCUAACAAUCACUUCAGUUAGCGAAGAUCAUCCGAAGUUAUUGGAAGUGUCUGCCGCACAGUUAGGUUCUACCACACCUGCAUCACUGGUAUCCACGCCAACUUUAUCAGCAGUAGAACGCAGUCGUUCACGAUACAAAUAUCGAGACCGGGGAUACGUCAAUACUCGGCGCUUUCCAAUUCGUGCAAGCGCAUUAGGAUCUGUUAAUCCCCUCGAAAACAGAAGUGCGAUUUUAUUAAAUACAAAAGAUAAUACUACUACUAUACAAAAGGAAACCUCUGACAGUGGAACUUUAGAAUCAGAAGGAAUAAGUGAAAAAAAUAUGGAGAAAAAAGCUAUAUCCAAAAUAGCUCAAAUACAAUCUACUACGUCUUCAGAUUCCUCUACUCCGUUAAUAAUAAAAGUGUUCGGUGAAGAAGAGGAAACAUCACAAACGGAUGAUUCUAUUAACGAAUCAGUGACCAAACUAACUAGUUCAGUUGAAUCUACCACAGUACAUAAAACAGGCUCCAUUGGCACUACUCUUAAUAUUUUGAGCAAUAAUCAAACUCAAAGUACUACCUCCUCUCCAAGUAUGUUGAUGAAAACUGUAUCAAAGUCAGCGGCAGUAAAAAUACCUUUUCAUAGAGCCUAUCCUACUACGAUCCGUACUUCUUCAACCACUUCGACUUCCCCCGCGUCUAAGGCAACAGCUAUAGAAACCGCGUAUUCAGAAACGACUCCAAUAUAUAUCAGUACCACACCAUUUACAUUGAUUUCCUCUUCCUCUACUACUGCAAAGACCAAGUCAAUCAUUAAGGAAGACAUUGAAAAGCUUCGCGCUCUUGGACCAAGCCUUACUCAAGUGAUAGAAAAUGAUGAAAAUUUUGUUAUAUUUCUCAAUCAGACGGCUUCCCACCCUUAUCCAUUGUUUGACACCGAUACCACCGAUACAACAGUCUCAAUACUGGGCACCACUGUGUUGACCUCGGUGCGUUCAACUGUGAACCCUCGGGCUGAAAACCCCUCCGGGGCAGUAGAAUACACCUCUACUGAAAUGAAUAAAGUUAGCCGUCCUUCUUUUGUCGGUAUUAUAGAGGCAGCACCAAUAGAAAACCCGACUCGGAAUGAACCGCCAAGCGAAAGCGGUGCAGAUAUUAAGUAUACUUAUGUCACAGAUGAAAGUAAGGUGUCACUAGAGAUGCGACGUGUCAAUAUUGCCACAAUGGUGUUGGCGGGUAUUGGAAUAAUACCCCUCUUUGCUCUUAUUCUUUACCUUGUGCGUUCAUAUCUACCCAGGCGUGGUGCCAAAAACGAAGAGGAUUUCGAUGUAUGUAUCACCGACCAGCAACCUAUAAGUCCAGUUAAGAAGCUUGAUUCCAAAUACCGCAGCAAAAGCGAGGAAGAGGAUUGCGAUGCUGAUCACCACACUGUUCACACAUCCCACCAUCAUUCGGCACACCAUAUGCCGAUGGUUUCGCAUGGAAAGACAACGUCACGAGAUGCUAACCACAACAACCGCUAUGAUGAACAGAGCUCUGUAACCAGCGACCAAGAAUUUGAUCGUAACAAUAUUCGUCUGAAAAGUCUGCUCGGUGAGGGGAAUUUCGGUCAGGUGUGGAAAGCUGAGGCUGAUGACCUUAGCGGUCACUUUGGCGCCACACGAAUUGUAGCAGUAAAGACAAUCCGGAAAUGUAGUGCGCAAGUCAGCUUGAAAGAGGAAGCAGACAUUAUGCGAAAGUUGGGUUCGCAUCAGAAUGUUGUUACACUGCUUGGCGCCUGUGUAGAGAUAGAACCGCACAUGUUGAUUAUGGAGUACGCGAUGCGAGGCCGGUUGCUUUCACUGCUGCGUGCUGCUCGCAGUGCUACAAAUAUUUUACCAGCUUCUGUACCAGGAGGCCGAAGCCUGUCACCUUUGUCACCGCGAACGCUUGGGGGAUUUGCAUUAGACAUUGCUUGUGGAAUGGAGUAUAUUGCCGAAAGGAGGAUCGUGCAUCGGGAUCUUGCUGCACGCAAUAUCUUACUUGAUCAUAAUGGAAUUUGUAAAAUAUGUGAUUUCGGUAUGUCUUUUGACUUGGAUUCUGAGCGCAGAAGGAAAGAGGAAGAGAAAAACUCUGUGAAUGAAAUUGUGCGUAGCAAUACGAAAAAAAAUAAAUUCGAUUUCGGCAGCCGGUUUAUAAUGAACCAUUGGAACAACAACUUUAAUGGACAGGAGAGCAGCCUAACUUCAACAAAAGAUGACAAUGAAAAGAAGCCGAAUGCUCAUGGCCAUGGUCAUGACACAAUUAGCCGUAAGCCAGCGUUACCUAUACGGUGGAUGGCGCCGGAAGCACUACAGUAUCAUAUUUUUACACGGGAAACUGACGUAUGGGCUUUUGGCAUUGUCCUCUGGGAAAUAGCAACAUUGGGUUCUACACCGUAUGCUCAUCUAUCAGGGCGAGAAGUUAUACGACGAGUUCCUAGUGGGCUUCGACCAGAGCUACCCAAGGAAGGACGACAUGAGUUUUAUAACUUAAUGAAUCGCUGUUGGCAAAAUGAUCCACACCAACGUCCGUCGUUCACAUAUGCGCGAAAGGAAAUAUCUUAUUAUUUACACAAGUGGGUCGAUGAUGACUCCACCGCCUCUGAUUAUAUGGAUGUUAGCGGGUUCAGUGAAGAUCUGGAGCACGGCAUGGUGUACUUCAAUCACCGAAUAUCCGAAUUCGAAUGCGAAAUAUGACGAUGACUCAAUCCUUCCUUUUUCAAUAUAUUUUCUUUCAAUUUGCUAUAUAUUCGAACUUCUUUACUCUUUAGAUGAUCAAAAGUUUAUUCAUUUCCAAAAUAGUUCGAAAUUUAAAGGUUCUCUUCUUCUUUAAAUGAAGCUUUAUUUGAAAGCCUUAUCUACACUAUGCACUAAGAAUUUCAAGUGCUGGGAGCAGUAUUAUUUAAAUAUUUCAAAUUAAGCGAGGAAAGCGGGUAAAGAGAAAACACGAUGUUGGUUCUUUACACAUCUUUGUAGAAUAGCAUGGUUUUAUUUGAUUCAAUAUGUAAUAAAAUGUAAAUAUUAAAUUUAUGUUGCUAUAAGCUAGAUUAACAGGAAUAUUUUUAAUUUUAGUGCACCAUUAUUGUAUUAUUUAAUGUAUAAAACGAAGACAAUUUAAAAUGAUUAAGAUUCUCUAGUCUGUAUUAAAAAAUGUAUGCCCACAUGCAUAUACAUAUAUAAAUAUGCAUACAGUUAUACAUAUUUUCAUAUAUGCAUACGAAUAUAUAUUAAGAGUAUUCUGUUAUGUAGUUUCGAAAUUGCAAUUAUAUUUUAACGUUUUGUAAAAGUGCUUUGAAGUCAAAGUCCAGCCGUUUUACAAUUUUUGACUAAGACUUUGCGAUAAACUGUACUAUUUUCGAACAUUGUUUUCUAAAAUUCGCUACAAUUAUUCCUGCCUAUACCAACUUACCAGCACCAGGGACCGGUCACGAAUGCACCACUUGGUAUAUCCCAGUAGUCCGAGCCCACUAUAUUCGCAAGGCUUUCGAGAUAUAUAUGUACAUACACCCUUUUUGGGUGUUUGGCCGAGCUCCUCCUCCUAUUUGUGGUGUACGUCUUGAUGUUGUUCCACAAAUGGAGGGACCUACAGUUUCAAGUCGACUCCGAACGGCAGAUAUUUUCAUGAGGAGAUUUUUCAUGGCAGAAAUACACUCGGAGGUUUGCCAUUGCCUGCCGAAGGGCGACCGCUAUUAGAAAAAAGUUUUUUUUUUAAUUUUGGUGUUUCACCAAGAUUCGAACUUAUAUUCACUCUGUGAAUUCCGAAUGGUAGUCACGCACCAACCCAUUCGGCUACGGCCGCCAACGCUUUCGAUACACGUAGAUAUAUUUAAUAUUGGCAUGUCCUAGCUAGGAGGCCAUAGCCACCGCAGAGUUACAAUGCAGAUUGCAUAAUAGACAGCAUCUACUAACAAAUACGAAUACAAAAUAAAUGUACUUUACAUGCCAUUUAUUUAAGAAGUUUGGUUUUGCUGGGUUAUAAAACAACAUAAAUUUUUGCACAUACACACAUAUGUAUGUAUAUUUAGUUAUAAAGCUGAUGAUAUUACCAAGCAAAAUAUAAUUUUUUUCUUCGGAUGUUUGUGUAUGAAAAAUCUUUUUUUUGUCGGGACAACUAGUAAGUACAACACUCGGACAACAUUAAGUCCAUUGUACUGCUCUCGGACUCCCUUUUAGUUUUCUUUAAAUCUGAGUAGAUCGUGUAGUGCCAAGGAGCCAAGGUGCUCGCUUCUUAACGCAUCAGUACAUCAAAUAUCUCAAACCUGAUUCCAGCCAAGGCGGGGCAGAUGCACAGAAAGUGGUCCGGUGGUCAGCUUAGUCCAUCUGCAGCCUUUCUCGGCCUGUGAAGCUCGCUUGUGGGCUGUAGUAACCCAUUUGCUAACCGUGGCUUUGAUGGCUGCCGAAGGGAGUGGCAGAAUGGGCUCCGGGCCAUAAAAAUUGAUCUCAGAGCGCAUCCUAGCUAAGAAAUCAGAGGUCUCGUUAUACACAAUAUCCACGUGUCACGUUUUACCAUUAGGCUAUUAUGUCUACCGACAUAGUUCAGCUUGGAUUUACUGGACUCGACUACCCCUGAAGUAUGAAUGCAUUCCAAGAUCAAAGUGCAGUUUGACCCCAGAGCUGGUUCUGGAGCCAACCGUGAAAAUGCGAAAACAGUGUUUGCCGGACUCAUUUUAUGAGUUUGACCACAAUUGAGUCUCUGGCAACACUAUAUCGCUUUUCAAGUACCACACUUGAUGGCUUGGAGUCAAGGGGCAUGGAGAGAAUCGUUGGAUCGAAGUCCACGCCUUAUCUGUUGUUCAAUGCCGGGAAGGGGCUGUACCAGUUCCCAUUAUGUUUCAGCAAGCAGAUGACCUUCAAGGCCUCUCCUUGGAUGAAAGCACUAAGUGGUGGUAUACCAACCAGAGCAUCUAAUACCGUGCCUGAAGUAGUCGGAAAAGAUCCGGUCCCUGCUCGCAGAGCUGCAAAUACUGUCGAAAGUGGCAUUAUCAAUAGCCCCUUUUAUAUCCAAAAAGAUGCCCAUAGCGUAGUCCCUCUUGCCGAUGGCCUGCUCAACCGUAUCAACAAGGUUUUGCAAUGCCGACUCGCAGAAUCUUCAGCGACUUCUGACGCAUAUGCAACUCCUUUAACCGUUCGAGACUUUUCCGCAUGAAUGCGGUCAUGCUGAUGGGUCUACUGCUUUUAGGGCUGGUGUAGUCAUCUCUCCCAACCUUAGGGAUGAAAGCGACUCUCACCAUCCUCCAAGAGCGUGGUAUAUAAGCCAGUGCCCGCAGGCAGUAUGCGUGUAACAGUUUUGACAACGGUCUCUUUCGCUAAGGGCUUUUGUCGGCCAAUGCUUAUCUGAUUACCUGGAAAGUGAGAGUCCAUCAGCAAGCUGAAUGUCUCGCUUUGCUUCUCCAGGAGCCAUUAGAUUUCCUAAGUGACCCCAGCCUUGCGGUUGGAUCCCUUUUCAGAAUUCUAACCAAUUUCGGCAUGUCACUUAGAGAUUCAAUACCGCCGCAGAAUUCCCUAAAGUAAGCCCUUUUCGACUACCGAAUUAGUUUCUGAUAGUUCUUCUGAACAUGACGGUAGCGCUCCCAGUCCUCAACAAGAUUAAUCUUGAGGGUCCGGUUUAGAAGUUUUCUGGACUCACGCAUCAAUGCUUGGAGCUCUCGAUUCCACCACGGAAUGGGGAGUCCGAUCAAGGAGAGGUCGAAUUGGUUAGGCUGACUCAAACAUUCAACUCGGCCCCUUGUUCUUUCCGAAGCCUUGGUGGCGUCACGUCAAACCCCCGCAACGUCCCCCUAAACUUCUGCCAGUCUGUUUUUCUGGGGUUUCUAGAGGGCAAUGGCAUUUGUGCCUCCUCGCCACACUGAAACUUAAUAUUCAGCAAGGACUUUCCAGUUCUUGAUUGAGCACCCAAGCUUUGAAUUUGAUAAGGUGAGAUCAAUUACCUCCUGCCUUCUAGCAGUAAUAAACAUCGGCUGGUUGCCCUUGUGGUGUAUGUUUAGGCAAGAGGAAACGAUAGAGUCUCGCUCAUUGCAUUUGCUGCUGUCCCAGAUUGUAUGCUGGGCAUUAGCAUCGCAGCAGAGAACAAGACCCAGAUUGCGCCGCUCACAGAACCUCACGACACUGGUGGCUUUCCAGGGUAUCGUAAGGAAAAUAAGCAGAUGCAAUCACAAACCUCAGCCAUUACCUUCUACCCAUCAUAACACACCUCAGUAGCUGAUAGGUCUUGGAAACAGAAUUGCUCAAGACCCGUCACAGUAAGAUGGGAUGAUACUAUAAGACCAGUCUAGGUCUACUCGAACUCCUGUUAUAUAAUACUGUGGCCCCUUUCAACGCGCUAAGCCCACAGUGGCGGCCCCUAAAUGAAAAAUCUUUGUGUGUGAAAAAUCUUUACCAAAAACCACACUUGAAAAAAAACCACUUAACUUUGAACGACAUUACCUUUUACUAUAAAAGAAAAUGUACAAAAAAUAAGACGCGAUAAUAAAACAAAUGGUAUUUUUUGAGUUCUUCAAUAGUAUAGUAAGUACAAAUAAAAGAAACAUAAAUUCUAAAAUACAACUGCCACGUACUUUUAAUUGUUUGUGCAGUGAUUUUUUAUUCUUUGCUUUUCAUUUGUAUUCUUUUUGUACCGAAAGAAAUAAAAUUGGACUGCCUCAGGACAGACCCCUAGGUGGUAUUUCGCUAUCUACAAUUUAAUUCUGUCGUGGCGAUUGACGCUAAAUUCUAUUUACGCAAAGACAACAGCUACUACGUCUACUGAAGUCGGCCUGUUAAAUGUUAUCUUGUUUAGCUAUUUAAGCUUCUUUUUGCAUUUACAGAUACUAAACAUACUUUUUUCUGUUCGAGCAGGAAAUCUUGCAGGAAUUAGCUGUUUCCAUGUUAUGUGCAUAUGUUACUUAUUCGUCAUGGUUUGCAGGAAAAACUGUUUUAUAAAAAAAGAAAAAUGUUAAAUUUAAGUUAUACUGAGUUACAGUCAAGGGCACCCCUAACAUGUACAUAUGUAAAUAUAUAAAUAGCGCACCUCUCCAAAAAACUUUAUUUAUUAUUAUACAGUUGUUUGGAUUUGUUUAACCUAUUGAACAAGGCAGACAUGCUGGAGAAUACAUAUGUUUAUAGUCUUUUACGAUGUGUUUUACUUACAUACAUAUAUACUUAUAUAUUAUAAGUAUAUCUAGGUAUACAAAUAUGACAAUUUUCUGUAAAAAAUAAACUAACUGUAAUCUUCAAGCAAA